UUUCAGUCUGAAACGUGCCAUAGUAGGCACGAUAGUAACGUCGAUAUUUCGUUAUUUAAAAGACGCGUGGUUUACAGUCUACGUGUUUUGAGUGAGGAGUGAAAAGUUUUUUUGAGUGCCCUUUGUCGCAGUCCCACAAAACAAACUAAAAAAUGACUGAAAAAGAAAAAGAAGCGACCCAAAACGGUGCCACAACCGAACUGGAAACUUUCUUGCCCAAAGACAAUUCAGCUACCAAUGGCGUUACCAAAUACAAAAUCAAAGGAGAGGACUUUGAAGCCGCCAUUCAUGAAUUCGAUCCUUUCAAGGCCAGGGAAUUGGAACACCCUGUAUCAAACAUGGACACCCUCACUCACUUGCUCAAAGCCUCCCUGGGAACCGGGAUCCUGUCGAUGCCUGCCGCUUUCAAAGCUGCCGGUCUCGUCACCGGAAUUUUCUCGACGAUUUUGGUUUCGCUGAUUUGCACUCACUGCUCGUACAUUUUGGUGGUGUGCGCACACGAGCUCUACAAGAAAGCCGGCAAGACUCAGAUGAGUUUCGCUGAAGUGGCCGAGGAGGCUUGCAACAGAGGACCCAAGUGGGCGAGGCCUUUUGCACAACCAGCAAGGCACACAGUCCUCAUAGGAAUCUUCAUCACCUACUUCUUCACCUGCUCCUGCUACAGCGUCAUCAUAGCGAAAAACAUCAACUACGUCCUGGACCAUCAUCUCGAAUCAGAAAUCGACAUCCGUCUAACAAUCGCUACGUUGCUGAUCCCCCUAAUCCUGUUGGCUUACGUGCCAAACUUGAAGUACCUGGCACCGUUUUCCAUGGUUGCCAACAUUUGCAUGGCGAUCGGUUUGGGAAUAACUUUCUACUAUUUGGUAGCUGAUAUUCCGUCCAUUGACGAGAGGCCUUAUUUUGGUAGCAUCGCCACCUUGCCAGUGUCUGUUAGUGUGGUGAUUUUUGCCAUUGAAGCUAUCGGAGUGGUAAUGCCAUUAGAAAACCACAUGGAAACUCCAAGAAGCUUCACAGGAAUCUGUGGAGUGCUAAACCAAGGCAUGUCCUUUGUUACUUUGGUCUACAUUUUGCUCGGUUUCUUUGGUUAUUUGCGGUACGGAGAAGCCACAGCUGACUCGAUCACUUACAAUCUACCAAGAGAUGCAAUUCCAGCUCAAGCAGUCAACAUCCUCAUUGCCCUGGCAGUAUUCUGCACUUUCGGGCUACAAUUUUACGUUUGCGUUGACAUCGCCUGGAAUGGUAUCAAAGAAAAAUGUACCAAACACCCCAUUGUAGGCCAAUACGGUAUGAGAACCUUUAUGGUGUUCACUUGCGUUGCUACAGCCAUCGCGGUACCAACUAUAGUUCCCUUUGUGAGUCUUAUUGGGGCUUUUUGCUUUUCUAUUUUAGGCCUUAUAGUGCCUGUGGGUAUCGAAAUUAUUACGUUUUGGGAUAAAGGGUUUGGCAAAUACAACUGGAAAAUUGUUAAGGAUGUUAUUGUAAUUCUUACCGGUCUUUUGGCUUUGGUUUUCGGCUCGAAAUCUGCGCUGCAAGACAUUGUAGCUUUGUACACCACGAAAUAACGGCUUUGGGUUGUAGACGAAAUUUUAGAAAAAUUAACUUAUGAGAAGUAGUCAGACGAAUUUUACCUCGAUAAAAAAGGGCUGUGAUAUAUAUUUUUAGUUUAUUAUUAAGUUACAAAAUUUUUUUUAUUGCUGGUACAAUAAUAUAGAGUUUGGCCUUGAAAUCUUUUGUCCUAAACUUAGAGGUAUAUGUUUUCUGGUUAUUUCUUGUAGUAGAGAAACGGGGUAUUUUUCUAUGUGACAGUAGAAAAAGUUUAGUUUUAAGGAGCACUUUGCAUUUUUCAUAAUACAGGGUAACAUCUGUUUACAAGUAUUUUUUCAUACCAAAGCACAACUUUUCUGCUCUAAUUUUGGACAAGGAAAAAGCAAUUCAGUUUGGACAUUAGAAAAACAUUUUUAUUAUUAAUUUUCUUGUCUGAAGUCUCUAGACUUACAUGAAGGUAUUAAAUUUUGUUAUUUUUUGGCACUAAAAUUAAAUUAUUAGAAAAUAAUCUUGAAUGUAAAGGCCAGUAUUUUUAUGCCUGGAUAAAUUUAUCCAACAGUGAAAGUACUUGCAGCCUAAUUAAUUAAGUAAAUAAAAAGUGCGUUUAUUAUUAUUAAUAAUUAUUUAAGUAUAAUAAUAGUUUAGUGAAAUAUGGAUUGUAUAUGAGCUCUAUUGCUCUUUUGUUGGUUUCCAUCUAAAAAAUUUCAUUUUUGCUCCCUCCUGUGAUUAUUUUGUCUUGUUUUUUGGCCUGGAUUUGUACGUUUUCUGAACCAAAUUUUUAUUUUACAUGGAUUUUGAGAAACAGUUUUUUUAUAAGAUUUUUUUAAAUAAAUAAUUGAUGUAAUGAA